CACCAGUUUUGACAGUCUUGCACGACCCACCCGCGCAACUCUUAAGGUGCAUAGAUAUUUUGCCAUUCCCAAAUCAUCUUCAUUGACUCUUUUGAGUGUGAGCUCGGCGCCAUGCCUCCUCGUGCUACCCGUAAAGCAGCAUCCAGCGCUGUCGCCGUCUCGCCACCGCACUCUCCGCAGGACCACAAACGCAAGCUCGUCGACGAAGUCCGCGAACAAACCUCCCCACUCCGUCGAUCAAAGCGUGUAAAGCCAGCCGAAGGCUCCGUUACGUCAUUGUCAAAUAUUCCAUCGAAAGUGCAAGUCAGUACUGCGUCUGCGCAAACUCCGAAAAGCAAUAGAGCCCGCGGAGGCAAGGCCGCUGCCGCCGUUACAGUAAAGAAGGAAACCGAGGAGGAAGUCGAAACAACGAUCACUGUCGCAACUACAACAGAGGAUAAAGACAUUCCAGCGAAGGAGGAGGAGAUUGAGGAGAAGCCGACGCAAACAGUCAAGGUUUCGAGGAAACAGAAAACCAAAGAGGAGGCAAAAAUGUUGCCCUUGAGAGCUCGGACGCCGGGUUUGCGCAUGCUUGUUGGGGCGCAUGUCAGCGCGGCCAAAGGUGUCUUCAACUCGGUGAAUAAUAGCAUGCAUAUUGGUGGAAACGCAUUUGCUUUGUUCCUCAAGUCGCAAAGGAAAUGGGACAAUCCCCCUCUCCAAGACGAUCAUCGCGAUCAAUUCCGAACGCUCUGCAAGGAGCACAAAUACGAUGCAGCGAAACACAUCCUCCCGCACGGCUCCUACCUUGUGAACCUCGCUCAAGAAGACAAAGCCAAAGCCAAGCAAGCCUACGAUUCAUUUCUUGACGACCUGCGGCGAUGCGAAGCUCUAGGGAUCCAACUAUACAACUUCCACCCGGGCUCGGCCAAUUCUACACCCCACGCCAGUGCGAUAACUCGACUCGCCACGGCGCUUACAUCGGCUCUCCGCGCCACCACGACGGUGAUCCCGGUCCUCGAGACCAUGAGCGGCCACGGCAGCACGAUCGGCGGUUCGCUGUCAGAAUUCAAGGACUUACUCGCGCAGAUUCCCGCGGACCUUCACCCGCGUAUCGGCAUCUGCAUCGACACCUGCCACAGCUUCGCAGCAGGCUACGACCUCGUCACCCCGACCGGGUUCGCGGCCUUCAUGCAGGAGUUCGAGGACCUGGUCGGCAUCCAACACAUCCGGGCGCUCCACCUCAACGACUCCAAGGCCCCGCGCGGCAGCAAGCGGGAUCUCCACGCGAACAUCGGCACGGGGUUCUUGGGACUUCGGGGGUUCCACAAUGUGAUGAACGAGAAACGGUUCGAGGGGGUGCCGAUGAUCCUGGAGACGCCGAUCGACCGGCCGGAAGUAAAGUCUGAGCCUAAGGAUGAAAGCGGAGAGGAUGAGCCGGCGAAGGGCAAGAAGAAGACUACAAAGAAGCCGGUCAGCGCCUCGGCGAAGUUGGUUGCUGAUCCUAGUGUCUGGGCGAGGGAGAUUGAGCUCCUCGAGUCGUUGAUCGGGAUGGACCCGGAGGGCGAGGAGUUCCGGGCUCUGGAGGCAAAGUUGGCGGAGGAAGGCAGAGAGAUGCGCGAGAAGCAGAUGGAGCAGUAUCUGCGGAAGUUAGAGGCGGAAGAAAAAAAGGCGGCCAAGGGAACGGGUGCGAAGAAGAAGGGCCAGAAGACGCUGACGGAGAUGAUGAAUGGAGCGGGCAAGAAGAAGGGAAAGACGGUGAAGAAGCGCGAUGAAGGGAGUGAUGAUGAUGAAGGGUGUCAGUCUCAUGCGGAGGAUUAGUUCUCGUCCGAUUGUUC